UCCACAAACCCUCUCAACGUUCUGAUUCAUUCACUUUCAUGGCUGACGAUCAGAGCACAAAACCACCAUCCAUGGAGCCACGGCCACCGCAUCCUCUUCACGAAAUCGCCGAAACCCCAACCCACAAACUUCUCCUGAAGCAAUGGCUCAAAGAAGAAGAGCUAAUUCUUAACAGAAUCUGUCUCAAAGAGACUCAAAUCGACUCAGUCCGUAAGGAAUUGACCCAGCUCUACAUCUUCUUCUUCCUCUUUCACUCAAUCUCUCUCAUUCUCCUUUUCAAUGCCUCGAACGCAGAAAUGGGUUCCUGCGAGAGAUCAUGGAUUCCCUGCUUAUGUUCACUCCUUUGCUCUCUGGGGAUGAUCUGGGCCGUCAGAUACAAGUCUGAUGUUGAGAGCCACUUGGAGAAGCUGUUGGAGAGAGAGAAGGAGGACGGGAAGCUGUUGGCUAAGUGCGUCGAGGAGUUGAAGAAGAAGGGUAUUGAGUUUGAUCUUUUGAAAGAAGUUGAUGCGUUGAGGAGGGCCAAGAGUUUGAGAGUUGAAAGUAAAGCUGUUAGAAAAUGGUCUGCAAGAGACUUUGUUACAUUGUUUUUCUUUAGUGUGUCCUGUUUAGUUCUUGGGUUGACUAGAGUCAUCUUGUGUGGUUAGAUUUAGGGUUUCAACAGAUGGGUUUGGUUUUUUCGGUUGAUUAAAUUGGUGGAGAAUUGGUUCGGAUGUACUCAGAAAGUGCAGAACAUUCUGUUCUGCUUUUGUAAUUUGCUACUUUAUAGAUAAUCCUGAAAUAAUAUGAUGAAUAUUUGUUUUUA